AUGUUUGAUCAAUUGGCGCAAUUCAAGUAUCAUAAUGAUGAGUGUUCCAAAAAGUUUAAAGCCUUGACAUUCAUCCAUCAAUCUGUUUCAGAUGCAAUUUUUCCAAGAAUUUUGGGAGCUCAAACAGCCAAGGAGGCAUGGGACAAGCUGAGAGAUGAGUUUCAAGGAAGUGAAAGAGUUAGAUCAGUCAAGCUUCUAACCCUAAAGAGAGAAUUUGAGAUGUUGAGGAUGAAGGAAGGAGAAACCAUAAAUGAAUCUGCAUUUCAAUUGAAGCAAAAGGGGAAACCAACUCCAAGCAAAAAUGGGAAGAAAUUCUCCUAUGAAAAGCAGGAGAAGAGCAAAUCAGUUGAGAAUUCAAGAGAAGAAGUAAGAAAAGGCAAGUUCCCUCCAUGUAGCAUUUGCAAAAGGACAAAUCACUUGGAGAAAGAUUGUUGGCAUAAAGGUAAACCAGUGUUACAAUGUUGGUAUUGUAAAAAGCAUGGCCAUAUUGAAAAAUUCUACAAAGCAAAGCAAAACAAGGAGCAGCAGGAGAAGCAGCAAUCAACCCAACAUGCUAACUCUGUUGAAAAUCAACAACAAGAAGCUGAAGAGCAUUUGUUUAUGGCCUCUCAUCACUCUUCUUCCUUUUUAAACAGCUCUUGCACAUGGUUUAUUGACAGUGGUUGCACUGUACACAUGGCCAAAGAUGCUGAUUUGUUCUCUUCUCUAGAUUCAUCUAUCAAAACAAAAGUUAAGUUGGCAAAUGGCCAACUAGUGCAAGUUGAAGGCAAGGGGACUAUAUCAAUAUACUCCAAGUUAGGUACAAAUUUUAUUUUUGAUGUGUUACUUGUUCCUGGCUUGAAUAAGAACUUGUUGAGUGUUGCCCAAUUAUUGAGAAAAAAAUAUUUUAUCUUUUUCAAAGAUGAAUCUUGCAUUAUCUAUGAUUCUACUGGUGUUGAGAUUGCUAAAGUCACCAUGAUUGAUAAUUGCUUUCCAUUUGAUAUAACAAAUGCAUCUCAUCAUGUAUAUAAUGCAGCUGAUGUUGAUGUGAAGUUAUGA